AUGGCAGAUGCAUUAGUUGCAAUGAGUGAAAAUUCUAAGAAAAAACUUGAACUUCUUGAGAAAAAAUAUAAUGUUAGUAAUGAAGGUGGGCAACAAUCGAAAGAGGAGGAUGAUUUUCUCAUGGAAUGCAUUGAUUCAUUGAGUGCUCUCAAGGGAAUUGAUGGAGCUUCAUUUGCAAAGGCAACUAAACUCAUACAUGAUGAUCCAUUAUGGAGGAAAAUGUUCCUUCGAUUCCCCGAUGAUAGGAAAAUAGAUUUUAUGUAUAUGGAUUUGGAUAUUGAAGUACUUUUAUCAGAUUCGGAUGAGGAGGACUUUCAACAGUUAAUGACAAUCUAUAUUAACUUGGAAAACAAUGGGUUUCUUAAAAAGAAACCCCGUCCUCAAAGAAUUUCAAAGUUAACAGAUCACCAAUAUGUUCUAGAGCUUCUUAAUGGACAUCCAAUGACUUGUUUCGAGUUACUUCGUAUGACUCCACAAAUAUUUAUUAGCUUGUGUGAAGAGUUAAAGAAAAGGGAGAAGUUGAAAGACUCUAAAUUCAUAUCUGUUUUGGAACAAGGUGCAAUGUUUCUACUUAUUAUUUCUCAUAAUUCAAGGCAAAGACUUGUAGCUGAUAGAUUUCAACAUUCCUUAGACACCGUUCAUCAUCAUUUUCGGAGGGUCUUGUAUGCCAUAUGUUCUUUAUCGAAGCAUUUGAUUAUUGCUCCAUCAUUUGAAGAUACUCCUCCAGAGAUUAAAAAUAAUCCAAGAUAUUAUCCUAUAUUCAAGAAUUGCAUAGGAGCAAUUGAUGGAACUCAUGUAUCAGCACGUGUGCCACUAGAACAACAAAUUCCAUAUCGUGGAAAAAAAAUUGAGCCUACAAUGAACGUAAUGUGUGCUUGCUCAUUUGACAUGAAAUUCACAUUUGUGAUGGCUGGAUGGGAGGGAACGGCAAAUGAUUCAAGAAUUUUUUGGGAAACGAUUACAAAUAUAGAACAGACUAAGUUUACUAUGCCUCCUGUGAGAAAAUAUUACCUUAUUGACUCAGGAUACACAAAUAUGCCCGGAUUUCUUUCACCGUAUCGUGAAGAACGAUAUCAUUUGCGUGACUAUAGGGGAGCAACGAAACCACAAGGCCCAGAAGAGAUAUUUAAUUAUACACAUUCUUCACUGCGCAAUGUGAUUGAAAGAUGUUUUGGAGUGUUGAAAGCUAGAUUCCCCAUUCUCAGAGAUAUGCCUCCGUAUGAUUUGAAAAGACAAAAGUACAUAGUUUUGUCCUGCUGUGUUACUCACAAUUUCAUAAAAAUGUGCAAGGAUGGAGAUCCCUUGUUUAUACAUUAUGCGGAUGAAAAUGUCGAACUUGAAGAUGAUGAAACCACACCCAAUGAAUCUGAAGAACUAGUGACUCCUAGUGUUAGUCAAAGUGAACUUCGUCGAAUGGCUAAGUUUCGAGACCGUCUAGAAAAACGAUUAUGGGAUAGACAAAAUCCACAAUAA